CCCGCUCCCCACCACUAACCAAAUCCGCGCUCAAUUCCAAAUCUCCCUCCCACCUUUUCCCCCGCUCCCCAUCCCGAUCCGCUCUCCUCCGUCCACGCGCGCCCACCGCACCGCACCACCCGCCCAUGGACCGCCGCCUCCGCUCCCCGGCGCGCCGCCCGCCGGCCCCGCGCGCGGACGAGCGCCAGCGCGGCGGCGGCAGCCCGCACCGGUUCCUCCGCCCGGGCGCCCUCGCGCGGCUCCGCGACUCCAAGGUCCUCGCCCGCUCCCUCCGCUGCGCCGCGCGGGCGCCGCUCCCGCCACCGUCCUCCUCCUCCUCGCCUCCCCGCUCGCCCGCGCCGGCGGCGGCCGCGGGGGACGGCGUGCCGUGCUUUCUGGGCCCCGCCGCGCGCGGGAUGCGGUACCCGCUGCGGAAGAAGCUCGCCGCGGCGCGGGGCGUGGUGUUCCUGCCGCCGCCGGAGGCCGCCGAGGCCUUCUUCAUGGACGCGUUCGCGCCGCCGCCGCCGUCGGACCUCGUCGCCGCGCGCUGAGGGGUGGUCGGCGCUCGGUGCGCUCGUCGAGUGUGUAGGCGUUAAUUAGAUGAUGUGCAGACGGAUCGGGUCGUGUUUCUAGCUUCUUGUAGGAAUCUGGACAAGUAAUCUAAGAUCUGAUGCUCCGGUGUGUACAAUACAACUUUGCAAUUUUCGCUUGUUCGUCUCAGCAACAAUUC